GAAAUAUGUUGAAUGUUUGGCUAUAAAUAUGAAAAUCCGCAGCUAUACAAGUCAUUCGAUUUGAAAAAUUUAGACAAGGAAAUUUUCGUUUUAAUCAAAAUGAAAUUGGCUUUGAUUGCCUUUGUGGCUGGGCUUUGCCUGGUGGCUGUUAAUGCCAAUGCUGAACUCGCCGCACCCAUGGAGGAACUGAACUACGAAUACAUUGCCAACGACAUUGCUGAUGAUGUUGUGGACAUUGAGGCUCAGAUCUCCUGGUUCGGUAUUUACUUUGUCAUUCACAAGGCUCUGACCACAUUGAAGGGUGUCAAGUGUACCGUCAAAGAGGUCUAUGCCAUCCGCGAUGCUGCCCAGACCUUCCUCAAUGAUGUUCAGGCCUGUGGCGGAGAAGUCUCCAAGAAACUUCAAAGCCUGAUCAACACCUGCAAGAAUAUUUUGUCAACUGCCAAUGAUAUUAUUCAUGUCAAUGAGAAUAUUUGUGGUAAUGCCAGCACCGAUAGCAGCGAUGGUGAUUCGAAUGAUGUUACAGCCGAAACUUUGUCCGUCAAGACCGGUUGGAAUUGUUUCUGGAAAUUGUUGUUCAAGACAAUGUCGUUGAAGAAUCAAGUGAGACAUGCCAUCUAUUUGAUUAAGCACAUCCCUGCCGUUCCCGGUGAGGCUGGCGAUUGUAUCAAUACUGCCCUUAGCAACUUGGCUAGUGUUUUCAAUCAAUUUCCCAGCAAUGUAAAGACUUGCUCCAAAUUAUUUAGCAAAAAUUAG